AUGAAAUAUAGAGAGAGAGUUAAUAAUAGUACUAUUCGCAUCAAUAUUGCAUCUGCUGAUGAGAGAGAGAUAGACAAAAGACACUACUUGGAUUGUCAAGAGAUGGAAGAAGUUUGUUGUUCGGCACCAGGAAAAGUAUUGGUAACAGGUGGAUACUUGGUACUUGAUCGUUUAUAUGAUGGUUUAGUAUUGACAAUUAAUUCAAGAUUCUAUAGUAUUGUCAAAUCUAUCAAUUCAAACCCAUCAUCAUCAUCAUCUUCUUCUUUAUCUGGAUCAUACCCAAUGAUAGUAGUAUCACCACAAUUUAAAUCAAGACAAUACUAUCAAUUCAAAUAUAGUGAUUUGGGUGAUGUCGAUAAACAACAAAUCGAUAUCAUUGCCGAUCCUCUUUACAUUGAUCAAUUCAAAUCAAACAAAUAUGUUGAAAAGACACUUCUCUAUAGUUUUAUUGCUCUCUCUGCUAUUCUACCAAAUAGUCAAUUCCUUUCAAUCAUUUCAAAGGGUCUUGAAAUCACUAUUCUUGGUGGUAAUGACUUUUAUUCACAAAUUCCUCAAUUAAAAUCUAGAGGAUUACCAAUUACAUAUGAAUCAUUAAAAUCUUUACCUGCAUUCUUGCCAUUGGAAUGUUCAUUGGAUGAUUUACAAAAGACUGGACUUGGUAGUUCAGCUGCAUUGGUUGGUUCAUUGACCGCUGCUAUUCUAUCGUAUUUUGGUGCUAUCGAUCUCAGAGCAAACGACAAACAACAAAGAGCAUUAUUACACAACCUAGCUCAACUAUGUCAUUGUGUAGCUCAAGGUAAAAUUGGUAGUGGUUUUGAUAUUAGUAGUGCUGUCUAUGGUAGUCAAAUAUAUCGUAGAUUCUCUCCUAGUUUAAUUCAAUCAAUUUUAAAUCUUUAUGAUGAAAAUAAAUUACCAACAUCUAAUCAAUUAUUAAAAAGUAUAUUACCAAAAGAUUAUAAAUUUAAUGGUAAAUUGAUCAAGAGUGAUGGACUAGUCGAUUGGGACAAUGAAAACAAACCAAUGGCAUUACCACCAAAACUAGAAUUGUUGUUGGCAGAUGUUAGUAUCGGAUCAAAUACACCGGUUAUGGUUAAAAAGAUAUUGGAAUGGCGUAAAUCCAAUCCAGAGCAAUCACUUGCACUUUGGACACAACUCGAUAAUAACAAUACACAGGUUAAAAAUUCAUUUGAACAAUUACACCAACUCUACGCAAACAAUCAACAAUCUUAUAACGAGACAAUUGACAAAUACUCACAAUUGGCACAGUCCGAGUGGAAGCAAGAUGAUGGAUCGGUUGCAAAGCAAUUGUGUCUUUUGCGUAGUGCCAUCACCCAAGUUCGUACAUUAAUGAGACAAAUGGGUGAUAUUGCUCAAGUACCACUUGAACCAAAAAGAACAAACUGA